CGAUUCUGCCAACACUAAUCGUAACUCCCUAAAUAAUUGUAGCUGCGUUCCAGCGGAAAGAAAACAAAGGCUUCUACCAGAAGCGGAAACGAAAGUCAAUACGCAAUUCCACUGCACAGCGAGUAUUAACCCACAACUGCACGCCCAAAGCCGAGGGACAAAGGAAAACUAAUUUGUAUUAAAACAGAAAACAAUUCAAGCAACCCGUCGAAGAUGGCCACCAGGAAAAAGGCGCUGCUGAAAGUGAUCGUCCUCGGCGACAGCAGCGUUGGAAAGACGUCGCUCAUGAACCAGUACGUAAACAAGCGUUUCUCGAACCAAUACAAGGCAACGAUCGGUGCCGACUUCCUGACGAAGGAAGUGGUGAUCGAUGAGCGGGUUGUGACGAUGCAGAUUUGGGACACUGCCGGCCAGGAACGAUUCCAAUCGCUCGGUGUAGCCUUCUAUCGUGGGGCGGAUUGCUGUGUGCUAGUGUACGACACGACUGCACCGAACACGUUCAAAAAUCUCGAGUCCUGGCGCGAUGAGUUCUUAAUACAGGCUAGCCCGCGCGACCCGGAACACUUCCCGUUCCUUGUGCUGGGCAACAAAGUGGAUCUGGAAAAUCGUGCUGUUUCUACGAAGCGUGCCCAGCAGUGGUGCACGUCGAAGAACGACAUACCAUACUUUGAAACUUCGGCCAAGGAAGGCAUCAAUGUCGAUCUGGCGUUCCAAACUAUCGCCAAAAACGCAAUAGCCCAAGAAACGGAGGUUGACGAUUUUAACUUCCCAGACCAGAUCACCCUGACUCCGACCAACCGGCAACGAAGCGGGGACAACUGCAACUGCUAAUAUUAUCGAACUAGUAAAAUUGACCGCCCCCCUUCUUCUGACACAGUCCACAUAAGCGACCACAUUGACGUAUGCGGCGCCAGCAACAGUACUAGCAACAGUAGCUGCAGUUCCAGCAACAGCGACAGCAGCAAAAGCAGCCUAAGCGACAGUAGCAGCAAUCAAGUAAGCAUCGCUAACGAUCGUGCGACGAUAGACAAAAUACUUCCCAGAUGAAAAAGAUCGACCUUUAGCAAUGGUAACCGUGGCAGACAAGAUCAGACGAGCUGUUUACUAAUUGGUGCGCGUGUGUGCUGUGUAAGCUGAUCAAAAUAGAGGAGGAAAUAGUGCGCAAAAUGCAAAAUGUCCAGAAAAAACGUGUGUCCGUCGUAAACCGUUCGCGGGUUAAGGUGUUUGUUGGCGUAUUUCCCAGCGCUUGUUCAUUUCCCCACACUAGCGUGUAAAUGGUAAACUACAGUUUCAGGAGUGACGUACAGCUGCUCUACGGGAACUUUUGAUAAAAUUCUUCUCUGUCGGAUGUGUGUUGGAGAAAACGGUGACGGCAACUAUCAGAGGCUGCAAACAUAAAUUUAGCCAUUGGAUAUUAUUUUGAUUCGAUUUUGUUAUACACGCAACACAUACACACGGAGCUCUAAAAUGAAAUACUAAGGAGAGAGAGAAAAAAAAAAACAUUACAACCCAGUUGCUUUGGCGAAAUCGCAUUGCGUAACAACAUUUGACAAAGCAUUCAUCAAUGGAACGCGUUUGGCAGUAAUUUAAUCAGGACAGUCACAAGGUGGAAGAGUUAUGCUUCGCUUUUAGGCACAUAUUGCAACAUGUUGAUAAGAAGAAAAAACAGUGAAAAUAAAUAUAAUCAACAUUCAUCUACGUCGGAAUGGCAUAUUGCUUCCCAAUGGGGGGCUGCAUUGGUAUCGAUAUACGAUUCCCGAAGGCGAUGGAAGAAUGUGAAAUGUCACAAAAGCAACGCAUGAAGGGAAGAAACAAUUGUCAUCCAGUAUCGAAACAACAUGAAAUUACAAUCGUUGCACAGCUAGGACAAGAGAGUUAAUUCAAGAGGAUCAGCUAACGAUAAAGGUGAUGGUGAGAGGGCUCGAAGCGGGGGGAGCAAAAAAAGGGUAACCGACGCGGCAGAGGACGAAAAUCUGUAGGAAUAGUAAUGCCCUUAUUGAUAAUUCUAUCGAACAUUAUACAUAAACAUAUAUAUUAAAGAAAAAAAAAACAAUUAUAUCUCAUAGAGAGCAGAA